GUCACCCUCAUCCACUCCUAACACUCAAUACUUAGCACUCAUCACUCAUCACUCAUAACCACUUACAACAAAUACAAUCUUCAAAAUGUCUGGACUUAUCAAGUACACCGUCGAGCACUACAAGAAGGCUGGCGUCUCAGACGCCGACUUCGUCAAAUGGUUCAAGGAGGUCCAAGUCGCCAACGGCCUUCCCCUGAUCAAGAAGCACGGCAUCGUCAAGUACGCCAUUCACUUCCGCGACGCCCAGCUGAGCACUGCAUUCCGAGCUGAGCUGGAAAAGGUCCGCCCUGAGUGGGAGGUCAGCGACGCCGACAUCACCAUCGAGUACUACCUGCCCGACAUCUACUUGAUCCAGAACCUCCUCGCCGACCCCGAGUGGGAGAGCAAGGCCGCCAAAGACCAGGCCAACUUCGUCGACCUGUCCAGGUCUACCAUCCACAUCGGAUACGAGACCGUCUACUUGGAGAACUAAGUUAAGGUUGAAAGGAAUCAGGCUUAGAAAUGUUAGAUAUCUAGCCACGAUGUAUAUGAGAUGUCACGACGCUGCUUUGGAUGAUGUCUAGAAAUAUAAAGAUUGAUUGCCG